AUGGUCGACGAUGCGGCUCUGGCGGCCGCUGCCGAGAUCGUAGCCUCAAUUGCCCCGGACUCACGCUCGCUUGGCUCGAUCCCCGUGGGCCUUGCCUCCAACGUCAAGCUCCCCGGCCGCGAGACGCCUGCCAAGCGAAACCUCGAGAUUGAACUCCAGAAACUCGCACUGCGUGUUGGCAAGCUCGAGGGCCAGGCAUCCACCACUACCACCACUUCCCCCGAGACCCCCAACGAGACGAUGGACUCGCUGUUUGGCGAAGAUGGCCUCUCCCUACCUUCCCGCCCCAAGACCAAGGUCUUCCACGCCCAAGGUAGCUUGCACUCUCCGCAUCUGCCGUCUAUCCAGCUGACCAAGGAAGCCCUCGAAGGACUUCGUGAUCAUGUCGAUGACCAGUCGAAGCUGCUCGAUUGCCAGCGCGACGAGCUCGCGGGUGUCAAUGCCCAGCUCCUUGAACAGAAGCAAUUGCAGGAGCGUGCUCUCGAGGUUUUGGAGCAAGAACGCAUCGCAACUCUAGAACGCGAGCUCUGGAAGCACCAGAAGGCCAACGAGGCCUUCCAAAAGGCUCUCCGUGAAAUCGGUGAGAUUGUGACGGCAGUCGCGGGUGGUGAUUUGACCAUGAAGGUCAGAAUGAAUACUGUCGAAAUGGAUCCUGAAAUCACCACUUUCAAGCGGACCAUCAACGCCAUGAUGGAUCAACUGCAAACCUUUGCCAGCGAAGUCUCGCGCGUAGCCCGCGAGGUCGGCACCGAAGGCUUGUUGGGUGGUCAGGCUAGGAUCGGUGGAGUUGAUGGAACGUGGAAAGAAUUGACAGACAAUGUACGAGAAAUUGCGUCGGUAACAACCGCCGUGGCUCACGGAGACUUGACCAAGAAGAUCGAAAGACCUGCGCGAGGUGAAAUCCUGCAACUGCAACAGACCAUCAACACCAUGGUUGACCAAUUACGAACCUUCGCUUCCGAGGUGACGCGUGUGGCAAGAGAUGUCGGAACUGAAGGUAUAUUGGGUGGACAGGCCGAUGUUGGGGGAGUUCAGGGCAUGUGGAACGAUUUAACCGUCAACGUAAACGCCAUGGCCAACAAUUUGACGACCCAAGUACGCGACAUUAUCAAGGUCACUACAGCUGUCGCCAAGGGAGAUUUGACCCAAAAAGUCCAGGCCGACUGCAGGGGAGAGAUCUUCGAGCUCAAGUCGACCAUCAACUCCAUGGUCGAUCAACUGCAGCAGUUUGCCCGUGAGGUCACCAAGAUUGCUAGAGAGGUUGGAACGGAAGGCCGAUUGGGUGGACAGGCCACUGUCCACGAUGUCGAAGGCACCUGGAGAGAUCUCACGGAAAACGUAAAUGGCAUGGCAAUGAACCUGACAACCCAAGUGCGAGAAAUCGCCAAAGUCACCACGGCUGUGGCCAAGGGCGAUCUGACAAAGAAGAUCGGUGUUGAAGUCCAGGGAGAGAUUCUGGAGCUCAAGAAUACCAUAAACCAGAUGGUAGAUCGACUUGGUACCUUCGCUGUGGAAGUGAGCAAGGUUGCUCGUGAAGUCGGCACGGAUGGAACUCUUGGCGGACAGGCCCAAGUCGCCAAUGUUGAGGGUAAAUGGAAAGAUUUGACUGAAAACGUCAACACCAUGGCCUCGAACCUCACAGUCCAGGUCAGAAGUAUCUCUGCCGUGACUCAAGCGAUCGCCAAUGGGGACAUGAGCCAGAAGAUCGACGUCGAGGCAAACGGAGAGAUUGAAGUCCUCAAAGAAACCAUCAAUAACAUGGUCGACCGUCUGUCUAGCUUCUGUUACGAAGUACAGCGAGUUGCCAAGGACGUGGGUGUUGAUGGCAAGAUGGGAGCUCAGGCUGAUGUGGCUGGGCUCGAUGGCGGAUGGAAGGAGAUUACGACUGAUGUCAACACUAUGGCCAGCAACUUGACGACCCAAGUGCGCGCCUUCUCAGAUAUUACAAAUCUGGCAACCGACGGCGACUUUACCAAACUUGUCGAUGUCGAAGCUUCUGGCGAGAUGGACGAACUAAAACGCAAGAUCAACCAAAUGAUUUCCAACCUGAGAGACUCUAUCCAAAGGAAUACACAGGCUAGAGAAGCAGCCGAGUUGGCCAACAAGACAAAAUCAGAGUUCCUCGCCAACAUGUCUCAUGAAAUUCGAACUCCCAUGAACGGCAUCAUUGGCAUGACCCAACUCACGCUCGACACCAAUCUGGAUCAGUAUCAACGGGAGAUGCUGAAUAUCGUCAAUAAUCUUGCCAACAGCCUCCUGACAAUCAUUGACGACAUUCUGGAUCUUUCCAAGAUUGAAGCCAGAAGAAUGGUGAUUGAGGAGAUCCCGUAUACGUUGCGGGGAACGGUCUUCAAUGCCCUAAAGACUCUUGCUGUCAAGGCAAAUGAAAAGUUCUUGGAUCUCACCUACAAGGUAGACAGCUCUGUGCCGGACUAUGUCAUUGGUGACUCCUUCCGUCUCAAACAAAUCAUUCUCAACCUUGUCGGCAAUGCUAUCAAGUUUACUGAGCACGGCGAGGUCAGCCUGACGAUCAAAGAACGACAAGACCAGAGUAACGUCGGGCCCGGCGAAUAUGCUGUUGAGUUUAUCGUGGAGGAUACCGGUAUCGGCAUCGCCAAGGACAAGCUGGACUUGAUUUUUGACACCUUUCAGCAGGCCGAUGGCUCCAUGACUCGCAAAUUUGGUGGAACUGGUCUUGGUCUAUCGAUUUCGAAACGACUGGUGAACCUGAUGGGUGGUGACCUAUGGGUCAACAGUGAGCAUGCAAAGGGCAGCGAUUUCCACUUCACAUGCCGAGUUAGACUGGCCCACGACGACAGCGAGAUGAUUGAGCAGCAAAUUCGACCUUACCGGGGUCACCAGGUUCUCUUCGUCGAUGAGGCUCAAUCGGGCUCUGGAACCGCCAUCCGAGGCAUGCUUGAAAAGAUUGGCCUCCACCCUGUGGUGGUCGAGUCCGAAAAGGGCACCGCCUUUACCCGCUUGCAGACAGGCGGCGCUCUUCCUUAUGAUGCCAUUAUCGUGGAUUCGAUCGACACCGCCAUGAGGCUGAGAGCCGUGGAUGAUUUCAAGUACCUCCCUAUUGUCCUCUUAGCGCCUGUCGUUCAUGUCAGCUUGAAGUCGUGCAUGGAUCUGGGCAUCACAUCUUAUAUGACUACGCCGUGCAAGCUCACUGAUAUAGGCAACGGGAUGAUUCCGGCACUCGAGAAGAGGGCCACACCCUCCCUCGCAGAUAACACCAAGUCAUUUGAGAUUCUCCUUGCCGAGGACAAUACUGUCAAUCAAAGAUUGGCGGUCAAGAUCCUGGAGAAGUACCACCACGCCGUCACAGUGGUUGGUAACGGUUGGGAAGCCGUAGAGGCCGUGAAGGAGAAGAAGUUUGACGUCAUUCUGAUGGACGUUCAGAUGCCCAUUAUGGGAGGAUUCGAGGCGACGGGUAAGAUCCGAGAAUACGAGCGAGGAAUGGGUACCCACAGAACCCCGAUUAUCGCUCUGACAGCCCAUGCGAUGAUGGGCGACCGCGAGAAGUGCAUCCAAGCGCAGAUGGACGAGUAUCUUUCCAAACCUCUGCAACAGAACCAUCUGAUGCAGACCAUUCUCAAGUGCGCCACUCUUGGAGGCCCCCUACUCGAAAAGAACCGUGAACGCGAGCUGGCGAUGCAUGCGGAAGCGAAGGCGUCCAAACAUAAGGAUGGUGGACAGGGCAUGUUGCGACCGACUCUCGAGAACCGAGCCUUCACCAGUCGCGAGCCCAUCUCGAGCAAUGGACAGGAGGGACCUGCCGCCGUGUCACCCGAGCAGGACGAAGCCUUGGCAAGAGCACGUCUCGAUUUCUCUGAUAUGCGAAGCUUGUCGAACUAACAGAGUUGUGUUGCCGGUCUCAGAUUCUCAUAUAGUGGUCUAUGGGAGAAAAUUGGGGACCAC